AUGACCACGCCGCUAACACAAUAUGCCGGGAAGUACGGCAUCAACCACGACUUCACCACACUGCUAGCACUAAAGAGCGGCCUCACGCCCGUGUUCCGAGGUUUCAAUACCCAGCUCCCCGGCGCGCUCCGGGACGCGGAGCAGUUCCAGAAGAGCAUCCUGUUCGACUAUACCACGCAGCAGCUGAAGGACCUGGACGCGAUCAGUGAACGGAGACUGAGAAGGCCCGAUAUCAAAGGCUCUGCGGUCCCGUUCUGGAGUCGCGGGAAUUGGUACGAUGGCGGCGGGGAGGUCAAGACCUACCGCCGAGCUGGCACCCGGUCUGGACGGUGGGUGGGUAGCGACGAGGACGUGUGGGCAGCUGUCCAGGAGUGCAUCACCAUGGCCUCGAAACUGCUCGACGAGAAUGUCUUCGUGGUUGAAUUUAUAAAUCAUCUCAUCAUAGGAGAUCAGAAACCCAUCGCGAGGAAGCGGGUACCGAGGUGGACUACCAACCGGCCGGAUCGUCAGCGUCCGCUCGAGCUGACGUCUCUUGGUAUGGGGGGCUUCAUCAGCCCAGAGAGGCAGGACCAGCUGAGGGGCGAACGCAUAGCGCUGUACAAACACCUGCAGCAGCUACUCACCAUAGCGUUCAAAACGUCCAGCGAUGAUCCGUUCAAGGACAGCGAGGAAGCAGCGCCGGGAACGCCUUACCGAGAGGGCACCGAUGCCUGGACCGAAGGUAACGUGAGUGAUAUCGAAGGUGACGAGUCGAACAUGGACAAGGUAUCGAAUGGGAUCUACACGUUCAUCGACUUUGAGAUUGUGGCUCCUUUACUUGGGGACAGGCUGAAUGACGCCGAGAGGCUUGGGUUGCAGUAUUGGAUUGCAACCACGCUGGUUCAUGAGAGUAUCCACGCCCUCUGGAUUGUGCUUCACGCCAGGAAAACACGACGGGAGACUGGCAUCGCACUGCACGCACGCAUCGAACCGUAUGUCAUGACCGACCAGAUAAUGGAACUCGGCUUCGCGAUGGAAGGCCGCGCUCUCGGUGGGCACCUCAAACCGAUGUGGAAGAAGCCACAUAUCAACUUCGGCUACUGGGUCGAGCCCGGCUUCCCGACGACCAACGAUAUAGCGAGGAAGAACAGUGGCUCGGCGGUCCUGCAAUCGGCUGCCUUGGACACCGCGGUUUGUGCCUAUCCAGUCUCCGUGAGCUUCUUCGAAGCUAUACACAACGAGGACUUCUGGCAGCUACUGCCGAAUCUAGGGACGCCUCUGCUGCAAAUCGGAGCUCUCAGAGAGGGGGUGAUGCACGUUGUGGUCCUUGAUCGCCACGCUCAAAAUGGGAUCAGGACGGUCAGAGAGAGCUCGGCGGCGAGGAACCGUCGGACGCAAUUCGAUGCCCAGAUAAACGUGAUGAUGGGCAACCUUAUGGGGAUGACACCCGACGAGAAGAGGAUUUUCCAGACGGGCUACAAUAUCCAUAAGAGCCUGGGGGCGGUAGAGCAAUACUACUCCAGCUCCCUUCAGCUGGCCCCUCUGACGGACCAAUUCGUCGAGAACGGGCGCCGAAUCGCCGUGUUGCGGGAUGACGCGGCUGCGCUCUUGGAAGAGGUUGCAGAGAAGCCCCAGGACGCGACAGGUAUCGAGCAGAAAUACGGAGCCGUCAAAGACUCGUACCUACAGACGCUCCGAGAGCAAUUCGCCGUCGUGAAAGACGUCUUCGCGGCACACCAAGCUCGCAUUGCCGCUCUCGAAGCUCUAGAGGCGGUCCAGGGGCAGGACCAGGAGCGGCGUGCUACCCUCUCCGGCUGGAACUACGACACGAGGGUCUUCGUGCGGUCGCUCGUGGCGCCGCUUGAGCCCGACCAGCGCGUCGUGAACGAGCUUCACGAGAUGGAUUUCCAGCUGGAGAUCACCCGUCUCCGGGUUUGGGACGUCGACACGGCCGAUGGUGGGUGUCGAGACAGCGAGGAGUACCGCAAGCUGAUGCAGCUGUGGCAAGCGUGUCAGAGUAACCGAGGUCAAGGCUCUGCGAUCGUACGGCAGAACUGCCAGCGCCUGUUCCACCGGUCGGAACAAGGCCAGUCGCUGUUGGUGCAGGGUGCUAUCAAGAUGAUUACGGCAUAUGCUGUGGCAUACUCGGAUGAGGUGGGUUUCUUCGCGCAGGCGAAGUUGGAGCUACAGGCUGUGGGUGCGCAAUGGGCUAGACUCUAUGCAGGCGGCAUACCGCAACAUGGGCGAGCAUUCUUGGAUGGCUGGACUGAGGUUGGGAGGCUGGCCAUGGACAGGAUUAAUGGUGGCCUUGCUCGGAUGGGCGUUGGAUGGAAUAACCCCGUGCGAACACUUUGA